AUGGACAAUCUGAAUCACGCCAACGUCAGUGCCGCCAAGGAAGCCCGCGACCCUGACACGCUGUGCUCUCCCUCAACCUAUAACCUCACCUUGUACCCUUCCCUUGUACUCUCACCUUGUACCCUCGCCUUAUACUGUCACCUAGUAUCCCUCACCUUGUACUUUCACCUUGUAUCCCUCACCUUGUACCCUAAUCUUGUACCUUCACCUUGUAUCCUUCCCUUGUACCCUCACCUUGUACCCUUCACCUUGUACCCUUCCCUUGUAGCCUCACCUUGUACCCUCAUCUUGUACCCUCAUCUUGUAGCCUCACCUUGUACCCUCACCUUGUACCUUCACCUUGUACCCUCACCUUGUACCCUCACCUUGUACCCUCACCUUGUAUCCUUCCCUUGUACUCUCACCUUGUACCCUCACCUUGUACCCUCACCUUGUACCCUCACCUUGUACCCUCACCUUGUACCUUCAUCUUGUACCCUCAUCUUGUACCCUCAGCUUGUACCCUCAGCUUGUACCUUCACCUUGUACCCUAGUACCUUGUGUAUAAAAGCCCUUUGA